GCCAUGAGCGCUCUAUGCGGGGAGAACGGCGCGUUCGACUUUGCCAGCGGAUGCGUUCGCGGCGCUUGGAGCGCAAUCCUCCCUACCCUGAUUGUCUUCCUCAUCAGCCUGGGCGCUUUACCUCUUCCCAAUAAGGCCAGCCGCAUCCUGGGCAAGAUCAAGGCCCCCUUCCGCGUCUUCCUAUCUGUGCAUGAAGCGGAGGCACUGAGCAUCGCAGGGGACGCCCACUCGCUCUCGAUCGCGCCUGCCGCGCCCUUGUGGCGCACUGUGGUUCUGACCUUCGUCAGCCUGUCAGAGGCGCUCUGCUGGACUGCGAUCGCAUCGACGACCUUCAUUCUGAAGGAUGAGGGCGCUUGGGUGGGCUUGCAGGCGCUGCUGAUGGCAGGGACAUGGAUAUACGCCGCAGGUCGUCCAGUGAUUCGCCCUCCGACUACGGUCCCCUGGGACCUCUUCGUCCUGUUCUGUGCCCAUCUCUUCGGCGCUGUGAUUAUCUUGGGCGGCGUGAUGUUCGAUCACGCCAUAAACGGCGUCCCUUGGCCUUCCACUCUGACUCUAGUCGCCCAAUCACUCCACCUCGCUGCCGUCCUUCUCGUGUUUGGAGUCGUCUUGCAGACCCAGCUCAACGUUCCAAGUGAUAGCAUUGACAAAGAGGAAAUAGGCAAGCGCGACAUCCCCGAAGACUAUGUCACCCUGUUCGAAUGGCUGACCUUCAGCUGGGUGUAUGCCUUCAUCAGGAAAGGACGAUACAAUACGCUUGACCUCACCGACGUCUGGAAUCUGAGCCCAAUCAUGCGAUCCCGCCCGGUAUUCAUCAAGUUCAGCUCCUUGAAGGUCCCCAGUCUACUGCAGCGACUUUUCUGGGCGAACUCUUUUGACAUCAUUAUGGACGGUGUUGGUCACUUCUUCGGCGUCGCUCUCGGCUAUGCUCGCGUGUACCUGCUGAAGGCAAUCCUUGAUGCGGUGGAUCAUGCCGACGCGUCGGAUAAUCAGCAGCGGUCACGGGCUUAUCUGUAUGCGUUGCUAUCCUUCCUGGCUGUGAUGCUCAGAUGCUGUAUCGACAUGCAGCAUCUGUGGCUGAGCAGAAGGGCGUCGACGCGCAUGAAGUCCGAGCUCAUGGCGGCCAUCUACGACAAGGCGCUGAAGCGCAAGGACUUCUCCGGUCUGGUGGACGCAGAUGCGGUGAAGGAUGCGAAGGGGAAGGCUGACGGGAAAAGCCAAGAAACGCCUGAAAACCUGAAUCCAAGAGCCGGCGCUGACACAGGCAAGAUCGUCAACCUCAUGUCCGCCGAUGCCAGUCGCAUCUCGAACUUGGUCAACCAACUUUACUUUUUCUACACCGCUCCCUUCGAGAUCACCGUCGCUUCCAUCUUCCUGUACCAACUGCUGGGCUGGUCCGCGUUCGCGGGCUUUCUUGUGAUCCCUGUGUUGUCGCCGCUCAACAGCAUGAUCGGCCGUCGCAGCGUCAGGAUUCAGAAGGGCGUAUCCGUAGCUCGCGACAAGCGUAUGGGCGUGCUCAACGAGGUCGUCACUGCUAUCAAGUUCAUCAAGUUUUUCGCCUGGGAGAGUCGUUGGAUCGAGCGCACCCUGGAUGCGCGGGAAAACGAGAUGAAGUGGAUGAUCAAAGCCCGCUUGAACACAGUCUUGUUCUACACAGUUUGGUCCCUCACGCCUAUCCUGAUCAGCGCGACGUCGUUCUGCGUCUUUGUGGCAACGGGACACCAGUUGACCAUCGCUACAGCGUUUACGGCGAUUGCGCUGUUUACUAUGCUCAGGUGGCCCCUCAACAACAUCCCGAAUGUCAUUAUGCAAAUCCUGCAGUGCAACGUCGCGCUGAAGCGUAUCGCGGUCUUCCUCGACGAGGAUGAGGUUACAGAGCAGGUGUCCUCACUCAAGAAAGAUCUGUCAGCGCCUCAGUCGCAGACCACCGACAACGUCGGCGCCUUGGGCAUCGAGAACGGCACAUUCAGGUGGAAUACGGUGGAGUCUGAAGAAACCGACGUCAAACCUGCUGCGGAUCAGCCUUCACCGGAUACGGCAUCGACGGCGGACACCAUUGUAUCCUGUGUGGACUCCACGAACGGCGCGAACAACUACUUUGAGCUACGAGAUAUUUCUGUACGAUUCCCGGAGGGCAAGCUCACCAUCGUUACCGGACCUACCGCGUCAGGGAAGACGGCUCUUCUGCUGGCGGUUCUUGGCGAAAUGACCUUGGUGAACGGCCGUCUCCUACUCGAGAAGAACCCUCAACGUAUCGACGAACACGGAAUGGCGCACUCGAUCUCGUACGCUGCCCAAACACCGUGGUUACGCCACCAGUCUAUCAAGAACAAUAUCCUGUUUGGCUAUCCCUACGACGAGGCGCGUUACCGCGAGGUUGUAGAAUGCUGCGCUCUGAAGCCCGACUUUGAUAUGCUCGAGGAUGGUGACGAGACGGAGAUUGGGGCACGCGGUGUCAACCUCUCCGGAGGCCAGAAAGCGCGCGUAGCUCUUGCGCGCGCAGUAUAUGCGAGGGCGAAAUAUGUACUGCUGGAUGAUCCUUUGAGUGCAGUGGAUAGUCAUACAUCGCGGUUCCUCUUCGAACGCCUGCUGUGUGGUCCUCUCUUGCGGAACAGGACAGUGGUCCUCGUAACUCAUCACGUCGAUCUGGUCCUUCCCGGCGCGCACUACCUCAUUCGCAUGCUCGAUGGACGCAUCGAUACGCAAGGCUCGGUACAAGACUUGCGCGUUAAGGGUGUUCUCGAGGAUAUCGCUCAAUCCGAGGAGGCGGAAGCGCACAAGGUUGAGGGCACCUCACUCCAGGAGAAGGCUGGGCCUAGCGAUGAUGUCGUGGAUAUUGAAGAGACCGCUGUAGCGAAGAAGCCUCGUCAGCUAAUCAAGGACGAGCAUCGCGAGGUCGGAGGCGUGAAGUGGCACAUUUACAAGACCUACCUGGGAGCAUCAUCUUACUGGAUCUGGGGCAUCUUGUUCUUCAUCGUGAUUGCCAAAGAGGUUCUCGGCGUCGGGGAGAAGAUCUGGAUCAUAAUCUGGGGUCGGGCGUAUGGCCAUCAGGCCAAUGACCAUCACUACUCCGCGUUCAUUUCGAGCGGAUCUGACGAGAACCAGGUUUCCUUCUCAAGCAGCGCCUACCCGAUACAUCAUUCGUUGAAUGCCUCCGGCGACGUGACGACUUCCGAGAUACACUGGCCGGACGCUAAUGAGCACCCACUGUUCUACGUCUUCACAUACGCUGCCAUUGGUAUCAUGACGGCCAUCGUCAAUGUAUCGGCGAUCUCCGCUCAGCUCUGGGGCGGCCUCAGAGCGUCGCGGUUGCUGUUCAGACGUCUGUUGUUUGCGGUCGUUCAUGCAACCUUCCGCUUCCACGACACUACACCGCAAGGUCGCCUACUCAACCGCUUUGGCAAGGACAUCGAAACUGUCGACAGCUCCCUGGCAAGCUCACUUCAGUCCGUCAAUUCGUCGCUAGCAACCUGCUUCGUUGCGGUUUUGACUAUCGCCGUCGUGUUCCCCGCCUUCCUCCUCCCUGCCAUCGUGAUUGGCCUCAUAUUCCGGGAGUGCGCUAUCGGGUAUCUGGAGACCGGCAGAGACCUUCGCCGAUUGGAGGCUAAUACGCGCUCUCCCAUAUUCUCGGACUUCGCAGAAGUGCUCGAGGGAAUUGUGACCGUCAGGGCCUUUUCCGCGGAAAAGCGCUUUAUGAACAACAUGCACAAUAUGAUCGACGCGACAUCAAAAUGCUACUACGUCUACUGGCUGACCAACCGGUGGUUGCAAUGGUGUAUCAGCACCCUCGGCGGUUUGGCUGUCUUGAUUACGAUGAUAUUCUCGAUCUCGAGCCUCAAUGCCGGCAUUGCUGGUCUCUGCAUUACGUCCGCGUUGGGCUUUACAGACGCGCUUUACUGGGCGUGCCGGAAUUGGACAUCUCUCGAGCUCGACUUGAACUCCGUCGAGCGCGUCGUCGAAUACCUGGACCUGCCGCAAGAGCCUCCUGCGAUCAUCGAGGAUCACCGUCCGCCCGCAUACUGGCCGUCAAACAAUAGCGAAUCACUUGUGUCUGUGGAGGACCUUUCGAUCCGCUACUCGCCAGAGCUUCCGGCUGUCAUACAGAACAUCUCGUUCAACCUGCGCGGUGGCGAGCGCGUCGGUCUCCUCGGAAGGACUGGAUCUGGCAAGAGUACACUGGCAAUGUCGCUCUUGCGCUUCGUUGAUCCCUCGAGUGGGAGGAUCGUCAUCGACGGUAUUGACAUUACGACCAUCGGAGUGCAGGAUCUUCGGUCUCGCAUUACGUUUAUCCCGCAGGACGCGACACUAUUCUCUGGAACUCUCAGAGACAACCUGGACCCAUUCGGCGAGCACGAAGAUAGUGAGAUAUUCGACGUGCUAGAGCGCGUUGGAAUGAUCGGUACCACCAUCGCCUCUCGCGCCGACACCCCUACCGGCGGUUCCCAGGCCACGCCCGCACCCAGCAGCCCGACUUCCUCCAUUACAAACGUCGAGGCGAAGACCACCAUUGGCCCUUCCACGCAAGUCUCCCCCGGCGGCACGAACUUCUCGCAGGGCCAGCGGCAGCUGGUCGCCAUGGCGCGUGCGCUCCUCCGUCAGAGCUCGGUGAUCAUCCUCGACGAGGCGACGUCAAGCAUCGACUUCGCUACGGAUCGCAAGAUCCAGCAGACGAUCCGAGAGGAGUUCGGGCGGUCGCUGUUGAUCACGGUGGCGCACCGGCUGAGAACGGUGAUAGACUAUGAUAGGCUUAUUGUCCUGGACAAGGGACAGAUCGCGGAGUUCGACACGCCGGCCAAUCUCAUCGAGAGAGAGGGUGGCAUUUUCAGGACCAUGUGCCUCAAGAGCGGUCACUUCGCCGAGCUCGAGGCGGCUGCGAAAGCGAAGCACAUCUAAGUCUGCUUUGCUUGAUU